AUGAGACCGUUGUGGAGCGGUGUCCUCUACUGUGCCCUGAUGAUUGUCGUCCAAGUUUGUGGACGGAAUUAUCGACACUACAGGGCUCCAACAAGGAGGAUUCUGAUCUCUCCGACGAUUGGAUAUACCGAACCUGCUCUCGCACAGCGCGCUAACAUCGGACAAGAAUUGCAAUGUAUAAGUCAACCACAUGAUUUGGUUUUCAUUAUUGAUAGUUCUCGUAGUGUCCGACCUCAGGAGUUUGAGAAAGUGAAAGUCUUCUUGAUCCACAUGGUUGACACAUUGGAUAUUGGACCUGACCAAACCCGAGUGGCCGUUAUCAACUAUGCGAGUACCGUGAAGAUGGAAUUCGCACUCAAUACUUACACUAAUAAAAGAGACAUAAAGCGUGCAAUUUCUCAGAUUGAACCGCUCUCUACUGGCACCAUGACAGGUUUGGCAAUUGAGGAUGCCAUGCAGAAGGCUUUUGUUGAUAUUGCAGGAGCAAGACCCAAGGACCUUGGUGUGUCCAGAGUAGCCGUCAUUGUGACAGAUGGUCGACCCCAAGAUCAGGUGUCAGAAAUAGCUGGAAGAGCCCGGACAGCUGGCAUUGAGAUCUAUGCUGUUGGCGUGGACAGGGCUGACAAACAGUCCCUUAGGCUAAUGGCGAGUGAACCGUUGGAUGAUCAUGUCUUCUACGUGGAGACGUACGGUGUGAUCGAGAAGCUGACUUUCAGGCUGAAGGAGUCACUUUGUGGUGUCGAUAUGUGCGCUAUUGGAGACCACAACUGCGAACAAAUAUGCGUGAGCACUACAACAGCCUUUUACUGCAGGUGUCGUCCGGGUUUUAAACUGAAUGAAGACCAAAGGACUUGUUCAAGAGUGGAUAAUUGUGCUGCUGGAAACCAUGAUUGCGAGCAAAUCUGUGUAAACACAACAACGGGUUAUUAUUGCAAAUGCCGUUCAGGUUUUACACUAAACGAGGACCUGAAAACAUGCUCAAGAGUCAAUCAUUGUGCUGCUGGAAAUCAUGACUGUGAGCAAAUCUGUGUGAACACUACAACAGGCUAUUAUUGUAGCUGCCGCCAAGGUUUUAUACUGAAUGGGGAUCAGAAAACCUGCUCAAGAGAGGAUAAGUGCGAAUCGGGAAACCAUGACUGUGAACAACGCUGUGUGCCUGCUGGAACAGACUAUUACUGCAGUUGCUUUCCAGGUUAUGAACUAAAUGAGGACAAGAAAACCUGCUCAAGAGAAGAUAUGUGUGCUGUUGGAAACCAUGACUGUGAUCAAAUAUGUGUGACAGCUGCAACAGGCUAUGCCUGUAAAUGUCGUCCAGGUUUUGUAUUAAAUGAGGACCAAAAAACCUGCUCAAGAGAAGAUAUGUGUGCUGCUGGAAACCAUGACUGUGAUCAAAUCUGUGUGACAACUGCGACAGGCUAUGACUGUAAAUGUCGUCCAGGUUUUGUAUUGAAUGAGGACCAAAAAACCUGCUCAAGAGAAGAUAUGUGUGCUUCUGGAAACUAUGACUGUGAGCAAAUCUGUGUGACAACUGCAACAGGCUAUGAUUGCCAAUGCCAUCCAGGUUUUGUGCUGAAUGAGGACCAAAAAACCUGCUCACGUGAGGAUAUGUGUGCUACUGGAAACCAUGACUGUGAGCAAAUCUGUGUGACAACUGAAACAGGCUUCUACUGCAAAUGUCAUCCAGGCUUUAUAUUAAAUGAAGACCAGAAAACUUGUUCAAGGGUGGAUCUAUGUGCGAAUGGCAAUCACGACUGUGAACAGAUAUGUGUCACCACUGCCACAGGCUAUUACUGCAAGUGCCAUUCUGGUUUUCUGCUAAAUGAGGAUCUGAAAACCUGUGCAAAAGAAGCUCAGGGAAGAAUCACUAUUAAAGAUCCAUGCCAGUGUGAAGCUCUUCUUGAUUUCCAAAGGGAUAUCCAAUCUACAUUUCAAAAACUGUCAAGCAAGUAUAUCCUUUUACUGCUGUGGUUCAUAUUUCCAUUUAGAUUAUUUGUUAUGGUUUAA